GACACUUGGGCACUGGACACUCCUUUUGCUUCACGUGCACAUACCAAUUGGCAAACACACCGCGACACAGCUCUCUCCCUCUCCAUUUUGUACCACCGAUGGUCCAGAUGGACGCUCUUCAACUCCCGGAUUCUUCCGGGGGUAUGGCGAUGCUGGGGUUUACCGCACUGGGCGCGCUGGUGCUCAUGUACCUCAUGUUCCAACCCGCACGGGCGCCAGCAACGGACGAUGACGAGUCGGCUGCGGAUCGGCCGCCACCUCCAAGGAACUUCACCAUCGAACAACUGCAUGAGUUCGAUGGUCGUGACGAGGCUACUCCCGCCUACGUGGCCCUAAGGGGCGAAGUGUUCGACGUCAGCUCCAAACCGGAGCACUACAAGGUAGGGGGCGGUUACCACCUCUUCGCAGGGCACGACGCCUCCUACAGCCUCGCCACGGGAUCGCUCGACCCGGCCGAUCUCGAGAAGAGCUGGUCAGAGCUGAACGUGAUGGAGAACGAAUCUCUGGACGGGUGGGUGGAGAAAUACAAGAACUUCUCCGAGUACCCCGUCGUUGGAAAGGUCGUGACGCCUCCGGCACAACCGCGAGAAUUUUCUUUGGAAGAGCUGCGGCCGUUCGAUGGGACCAGCGACAUCCCAGAGGGUUAUGCCGCACCUCCCAUCUACGUGGGAGUGAGGGGAAAGGUGUAUGAUAUGUCCUACGGGGGGGCAGAAAUGUACGGUCCCGGUAAAUCUUACAACCUCUUCGCCGGGAGAGAUGCGUCCGUGGCACUAGCAAAGAUGUCGUUCGCCCCAGAGCACCUCGACAACCCAGACAUGAGCACUUUGAGCAAGGAGGACAUGACGGUGCUGCAGGACUGGGCAUCGAAGAUGGAAAAGAAGUAUCCGGUCAUCGGCACCAUCGCCAACAGUGCACCGUAG